CGUUGAAUCAGGUUCGAGUACAUCAACUCGAGUCGCGGGAUCUGCCGCUUUGGUGAUGGCACUGACGACCUUGCGCGAGACCUGGAAACAAAAUACCUCGUAUAAGUACCGUCGUGAUUAGUUAAAGAGUCACUAUGAACGAAGCAACGUUACCUCCGUCACCAAACUGGUAUCUUGCUAAUAUCUUGGCCUGUGCCAAAGAUGGAACCGUAGCUUGGGGUGCAAGAAACUCCAUUGUUGUUGCAACAUUCCAAAGGGAUAGAAAUGUUUACAAAUAUUCUAUUAUCAGCGAUGCUCAUGUAGACAGAGUAACAUCUCUGGCCUUUUCGCCAAAGUUUGGAGAGGCGAAUCACAACCUACUAGUCUCUGGUGGUGAUGAAAAUGUUGUUAGAAUUUGGAAUGUGGAUUCGAUGAAUGCGGUCAUGGCUCACUCUUACAUCGACGCGCAGCAGAAAGUUGUAGGCGUUGAUUGGUCAAGAGCCAAUAUGAACAUUGUUUGUUGUCUCAGCACUGACGGAUUUCUUGUCAUCUGGAAUGUAGUUCACAACAUGACACAACAAAUUUCCUUAGGGAAGGUAACAGCUACCUGUUUAUCCUGCUGUCCACAUAAUCCUGAUUUAGUAGCAGCUGGCACAAAAAGUGGAUUAGUCUAUGUGAUCAAUGUACACGGUAAUGGCAAAAUCGUCUAUAAACUACGAGGACAUGAUACUGAAAUAUCCAGCCUCUCGUGGUGUCCAGUAGAUUCGAACGUUAUAAGCGGUACCCAAGCCAAGGAUUCUCUUCUAGCCUCUGGUAGUAAAGACAGGUCUAUAUAUGUUUGGAGAGCUGGCGGAGAUGGCAGAUAUCAAAUCACGCUAACCUUGCCAAAUACUCCCCUGGAUUCUCACCAGCAUAGAAGUAAAUUAGGGGCAGCAACAGGUGGCUGGAUCGCUGUGUGUUGGGCAGCACCAAAAUUAUUGCUUAGUAGCUCCAGUUGGGGUGAAUUGAUAUCCUGGGACUUGUCGAUAAACUCGAAGCCUAAACAUGGAUGUAAGUUGAUUCACGCUUAUCAUUCCAGAGGACUUUUCUGUAUUGCCAAUGUGCAAGGUGGGAUGGAAGCGAGCGAUUCUAAUUGGAGGUUGGCAGAUACAAGCAGCAUCACGGUUUGGACGAUAGCUCAAGAUCGUCACAUAGUUUGCUGCCAAGUGACCGCUGCCAAUUCAGAAAUAACAUACAACGUUCCAACGCAAGGUGGCUAUACAUAUUGUAUUGCUGCCUCUCCGUUAGAUACAUCUAGAGUUGCCUUUGGAGUUGGCGACGCAAUGCUGAGACUGUGGAAUUUGAGCGAGCCUCACAAAAAUAGUUUCGAUGUCACCAUGCUGUGGCAAAAAAUAAAGGGAAAAGUUAUGGCUAUAUCCUGGCAUCCUGAGAAGGAAAAUUUGUUGGCCUUUGGAACUGGAGAAGGUCGUGUGGGUGUAUUUGAUACAAAUACGAGCAAACCCCCUAUUCUGUAUAGGCAAUAUCAUAGACAUACGGUAUACACCCUUGGCUGGGGUCCAGAACCGAAUGGCAAAAGUACUUAUGUUCUGUAUUCGUGCGGUGAUGGAGAAUUGAUUUACUACAAUCCAGAAAAGCCAAAUCAAGAACCAACUUCUGUUAUUAAAAAGGAUUGUACAGAAUUUUCUUGGAAGCCAGACUACUCGUGUCUUGCAAUCGGUCUUGAAAACGGAUCUGUUUCGUUCCUAAAUCGCAAUUUGAAAGAAUGUGGCACAGCAAUUCAUUCAUUUAAAAAAUCUGUCCAAUGCCUCGAAUGGCAUCCUGAAAGUACUGCUACAGAUAUCGAUCUGUCCCCUCUCCGCCAUCAGUUGGCUGUGUCGACUAUUGCUAACUCUAUUGUUAUACUUGACUUGACUGAUCUCGCCGCAAACUGUACAGGAACAUCCGGUGCAUCGACCAUGAUCGGAGGAUCGUCGUUGCCAAAAAUUGUCUGUACAUUGAUGGGACAUACAGCGAAAAUUUUUGAUUUGUCGUGGAGUCCGCAUAUCAGUGGAUAUCUAGCAUCGGCAAGUUGCGACAACACUGUCCAGGUAUGGAAGACAGAAUCUCAGGAGUUGAUGGGAACUUACACAGGCCAUUGUGGUCCUGUAUACAGUUGCAUGUGGAGCCCCUUAGACCCCGACUUGAUAAUCACUGGAUCCGCAGAUUUCACAGUUAGAAUAUGGAAAGUGUCUGAGCAGGAAGUAAGGCCCGCUGCGGAAAAUCAAUUGAAACCAAAAAAAGUAAGAACGAAAAAGAACAAACAUAAAACCGAAAGGAUAGAGGUAAAUCAAGCGAGCAACGUUAAUGAGGUUCCAAUAAACGGGCUUGACGAUAAUGUACCUAAUGUAACAACUGUUGAAAACGCAACAACCGAACAGGAAAUCAAAGAGAGCCUGGCAAUGGAUCAAAUUAAAAGGAAAAAAAGUAAAAAACCCACGUAUUUUCCGGCGAUGGCAAAGGCUACGCAUAAUAAAGAAUCAUUACUGAGUUCAAUUACAGAGCUUUUUGAAAGGUCUGAUCGAUUAUCCAGUGUUGAGGAAGGCCCAAGUCAGAUUUCUGAUAAUGUAUGUGAUGCAGACAGCACUAAGGAUUCGAUUGGAAAAUUUCAAAUUUCAUCCAUUUUUGGAAGUAAAGAAGAUGUUAUCCAAUUAUUGGAUACGGAAAAAUCUGUUCAUGCCAAGCUGUCACAAUUCGAUACGGUCGUUGAAAUGGAUUUAUGGUGCGAUAAUCUGAAGCAUAACUUGCAGGAAGCAACAAAGGAAAAACGACUCAAUGAUUUUCUAGUCUCACUCGCACCCAGCCUUUCUUACAAAGAGUGGCAAGUGACAUGUGAAAAUUAUGCCGAACAACUAGAGUUUGAGGGUAAUCAUCGUAAAGCGGUCUCAUACCUUUUGUGCAUACACAAAAUUGAACGAGCUAUCCAGGUCUUCGUCGAGGGUAAGAUGUUCAAGGAAGCAUAUGUGUUAGCCAAGAGUAAGCUCGACGCAUCAGAUCCAUUAGUGGAUUCCUUAUUAGAAACAUGGGCAGUGGGCACAGCUAAGGAAGGAAAUUUUGAAGAAGCAGUUCAAUGCUACAUUAAAUUAGGCAACUAUGAAGAAGCGGCUCGACUGUUAAGCAGACGAAAAGAUAUGGGAAGCUUAGAAGUUGCAGCUCGGCUGGCUUCAAAAUCCGGAGAUGAAGAAUUUAGUGCAACUAUUAUUGAGCAAGCCGUAAAUGAAGCGCUUUUGAGGGCUGAUUACGAAUCAAUUGCAAACUUGAUUAAGACAUUUCCACAAAUUCUGCACUAUCAAGUAACAGUUGCUGCUCUCAAAGAGAUGAAUGAAAUACUAGACAAUUGCAACGAUGGACGAAUUUGGAACUGGCUUGAAGGAAACGCUGAGCACUCUAUGCUACGGAAUUUAUCACAUUUUUAUCCAAACUGCGAUCAUCACUAUACAAAGCUUUUGAGAAGUUUCGAAACUGUGGGGGUUUCUAAGGACACGAGAGCGCUCUGGCUCGAAGUGGGUAGUCAAAUUGCUCUGGCAACCACAUGCGUUGACAAUGAGAAGAGACUUAAACAUCUUGUCGCAGCAGCGGAUGCAGCAUCUCGAUAUGAAGCAACAAUGCAUGAUCAGGAGAAUCAAUCCGGUAGAGCAGUUGUAGGACGGUACAAAAACUUUUUAGUAAAGUUGUUGUCACAGUUGGAGGAAAAAAGCCCAAUGUCAGAAGAUUGCCUAUUUGCUGCAAGCGAGCCAAGUAUCCGUAAGAGCUUGAGAGCUUAUUUAUGUUACGGGAUUUUAAGUUGGGUCAUAGACUCAGAUGUCACGCAAUUGGAAAAGGAAGGCAGGCAAGAUCUCGUUAUAUCUUUAAUCGAGAAUAUGAUUGGAGAUGCAUUGGAAAAGCAGACAGUCAGGCACAACAUGAUGUCUGCUGAAGUCAAUAAACUGGAAGGAACAUUGACUAUUGCCAUGGGGAAAUCACAGAAGGUUGAAAAUACCAAUGACGACGUUCAGGAAGAUGUUGAAAGUCUUAUGAAACGACUUGCUCUGAUUCGAAGGAAUAGGGAACAGUAUUUGACCGAACGUCUCUCUGCUCCUAACCCUAUCCUUGUGUACAGUAAAGCACGUGAGCUAGUAAGUAUUUUAUUUCAUGGUGAAACUGAAGAGAAAAUGUCGCGAAUCUUGAUGGAAACCUGGACGGAAGCUACCUCAUAAAAGUAAACUGUAUUGUUUGAAAUAUAAGUGCUGAACAUGACUAAAAAUAACGUUUUACUCAACUUAUGGCAUUGUGGAUAACUUUUAAAGAACAAUUACAUGUACAAUGACUCGUUGUCAAAAUCGAAAGUCGACUUAAGUUCAGUGUAAACUUGUAUUUGAAAAAAUAUGGUACAAUUAUGUUCCUGCUUACUAAUUGCUUUGUUCUGUAAAGAAACAAAUCUACAAGUCACAAGAGUUGUGAGUGCUACAUUCAUUAUUAUGAUAGGUGUAAUUCUUCACACUCAGGCGCAUGUAUUUAUUCUGAGCCCACAAAUGUAAAUAUUAUGGAACAAACUGCGUCAAUCACACAACAUAUUCUAUCAUGUAUCCCCUAUUACGCAUAUUGGAUUCACCCACCCCAUCAUCCACCUACCUAAUCUUGGGUAUAUUCUGGAAAAUUCCAAACAGUCACUAAUCGAUUCACCCUGUCAUUCAUCCUUUGGCAUAGAUUAUUAUCCGGACAUCUUGUGCAACGUUU